UUCAUUUUCAAUUUAAUGCGAAGCUCUGCCGUGAUACAAGUGAUACAAACAUAAACUGAUAUUAUUGUUUUCUUAUUACGCACGUUACCAUAUUGUUAUUAUUUUAAACCUACAACCGGUGACACGAGUUCUUGUGAGACUACAACGGGGGGGGACCUAUGCCAGGGCUGUCGAGAACUUUGGGGAGGAGCGCAGGGCGAGGAAUCCUCUUAGCCAGGUAAUCUCCAGGUCCAUCUGGAUCCACAUGCUAGGACCAGCCUUCACCAACAUGCCAUUUCCCUAGCCUCUGUCAACCAGCGCGGGGGCAAGGAAGCCUAUGUCGGUUUCUCUGGGGAGGAAAUGCAACCCCAACCGGUCAUGUUGGUGUCUCCCUUAGCAGAGAGGAACUGGCAGGGUCUGUGUUCGGUUCUGGAGGAUGUCCUGGAGGACCAGUCCCACAGGGAGCUGUUUGCGUUAGAACUGGGCUCUGGAACCGGGCAGCAUGUGAUACACUUCGCCCAGAGGAUCCCCUUCAUCACCUGGCAGCCAUCAGACAUCAAGGAGGAGUUCCAUGACAGUAUCAAGGCCUACAUUGUUGCAACCAAAGCGAAGACUGUGCUUCAACCCAUUCACCUGGACGCCAGCGAGCCCUGGGAGAAAUGGGCGGGGCUUCCACGCAACUCCUGUGACGUAAUCCUGGCCAUCAACCUGCUCCAGCACAGCCCCUUCAAAACGGCAGAGGGUGUAUUCGGUGGUGCAGGUCAGGUUCUCAGACAAAAUGGACUUUUGUUAACAUAUGGGGCAUACGCCAUUAACGGCAUCAUCACGCCGAGUUGUAAUGAAGACCUGGACAGGGAGUUGCGUAAGAUGAACCCAGACUGGGGCCUCCCAGACACAGACGUACUGAGGCAGCUGGCCUACGGAAAUGGGAUGCGUCUGGAGAGGAUGAUCGAGAUGGAAGAUUACAACAAAUGCCUGAUCUUCAGAAAAUUUUAAAUACACAAAAAAAACAAUCACUGGAAGCAACACGUUUCAGCUGAUACUAUACUGCCAGAACAACCGAGCACCAACUAAAUGCAAAGAAG